UGUCUUCCGGUACCGAUCGAGUAGUGACAAUGGCGUUUGGCGGAGAAGGCCUAAACGUGAGCAUUAUAGUUCUGUAUGUUUAAUUAGUGCGUACAUAUGCUUAUAUAUGUCGUUUAAUAGAGCAAACAUCGUCAAUAAUUGUUUGUAUCCGGAUACAUUAGUCUGAGCGCACUUUGACGCGUCUCGCGCUCGCUAGCUAACUUAAGCUAGCUUGUUAGCCAUCUUAGCUAGUUAGCUUAGCGUGUUAGCUGCUAACAAAGAGAGGCGGAAGUGAUGAAAACACAUCGCUAAGCAGAGAUCAAGUGUGAGUGUAAAGUGUUGUGAUCGUGUGGAAAUGUGCGAAAGAACGAUAGCAGAGUACGAGGAGGAACUUUGUCCAACAAAAGAGGAGAAGGAGCGACAACAUCAACUACUGGACGCUGUUUUCAAGAAACAUCAAAUUGUGUUACGCAGAACAGACGCCUGCGAAGAACAUCUUCUCCCUGAGCAACAGAAGUGGAGCUUCGGGAUGGACAAGGAGGAGCCACAGCCCCUUCACAUUAAAGAGGAAGAAGAGGCGCCACAUACGUUGCAAAUGCCAAGGGAAGAGGACCCACUGACCUCCCAUUUUAAAGAGGAAGAGGAGGAACUCAGCAUCAGUCAGGAGGGAGAGCAUCUUGAAUGGUUGGAGGAGUUCCCAGUGAUUGGUGUCCCUGUGAAGAGUGAAGAUGAUGAGGUCAAAGGUGAAAGUGAGGAAGAGAGAGAGGCGGAGCCUCCAAGCAGCAGCUCAACUCAACACAUGUCAACAGAAGCUGAUGGAGACCACUGUGGAGGAUCACAAGCAGACAAGCUCUUAGCUCCACUAUCAGAUAGUGAGGACACAACGUCACACUCUCCUGACACUGAUGAUGAAGACUCUAAAGAUGAUAAGACAUGUCACACUGACAACACACACUUCACAUGUUCUCUCUGCGACAAAACCUUUAAUCACCAUAAUAAUUUAAAAAUACACAUGAAAGUACACACUGGAGAAAAACCUUUUUCAUGUUCAAUUUGUGGUAAAAGAUUUGGACAAAGUCACAAUUUGACAAUGCAUACAAGAACACACACUGGAGAAAAACCUUUUUUGUGUUCAGUCUGUGGUAAAGGUUUUAUACAAAACGGUGAUUUGAAAGUACACAUGAGAACACACACCGGAGAGAAACCCUUCAUGUGCUUGAUUUGUAGUAAAACAUUCCCCGUAAAGGCACAAUUAAAAAUACAUAUAAGAAAACACACCGGUGAAAAACCUUUUAUCUGUUCAGUAUGCGGUAAAGGUUUUAUACAAAGUCACAAUUUGAAAGUACACAUGAAAAUACACACUGGCGAAAAACCUUUUUCAUGUACGGUGUGCGGUAAAGGUUUUAUACAAAGUGGUGAGUUGAAAUUACACCUGAGAACACACACUGGAGAAAAAACAUUCACUUGCUUAAUCUGUGGUAAAAGAUUCACGCAGAAGGCACAUUUGACGAUGCACUCAACUAAACACUCUGGUGAAAAACCUUUUAUCUGUUUAGUCUGUGGUAAAGGUUUUGUACAAAGUCAACAUUUGGAAGCACACAUGAGAAUACACACUGGUGAGAAAGUGUUGAGUUGCAGUGUGUGUGGUGAAAGAUUCUCCUAUAAGUACCAGUGUAAGAAACACAAGUGUGCUGGUGAGAACAGCAGCAGCAAAUGAACAUGCAGGAUUUUGAGUACACAUAAAUCCCUCUUAGUUCAUAUUUACUGGUUCACAUGUGAAACAUCUUCUGGAAGCAUAUUAUUAUCGACUUUAUACAUCAUUUGAGCAGUUGUGUUUUAUACAAAAUCAUUUACUUUUAAAAUGUGUGACUGAAUCAUUUGUUGGGUCUCUCUAAUCCAUUCUAUUAAUUAUCUGUAUUACUCUCUAUUGUAAUAUGAAUAUUGUUGUGUGAUUGUUUUAUAUGUAUGUCCCCAGACCUUUAUGCAAUAAACAAUGUAUGCUUCAACUGAA